AUGUUCCCACUGUGCCCACUGCUGCUGGCCCUGGUCCUGGCGAUCGCCCCCGGUGUCCGGGGCAUCUGCCCGGUGCCCGCCGACCUCAAGAACGCGGACGGCACGCGCACGUGCGCCAAGCUGUACGACAAGAGCGACGCCUACUACGAGAACUGCUGCCAGGGCGCCGAGCUGUCCGUGGAGCCGGGCGCCGACCUGCCCUUCCUGCCUUCCAACUGGGGCAACACCGCCUCCUCUCUGGUGGUGGCUCCGCGCUGCGAGCUCACUGUGUGGUCCGUCCGCGGCAAGGGCGGCAAGACACGCAAGUUCUCGGCCGGCGCCUACCCACGCCUGGAGGAGUACCGCCGGGGCAUCUUCGGCGACUGGGCCAACUCCAUCUCUGCGCUCUAUUGCAGGUGCGCCCGCCCCCCGCCCGCAGAUCCUCCUCCAAAGCCCCCAUUCCAGGCCCGGCCCCACCCCUGCCACAAACCCCCAGAUCCACCAUUCAAGCCCCACAGCUUGACAGACCAGACCUCUGAGCCCCUGGCCCAAAUUAGGAGACCCUAG